GGCUGUGAUAAAGAUAUGUUUUCUAUAUCCCACUAUAGCGAAUAUCAAUCAACCCCCUAUCGGAAUCAAAACUCACGAUGUGUAUCGCCAUUUGAUCCAUCAACAUCACCAACCUAUCCCUCGCCAAUCAAAGAAGAAAUCCUCUCCGAAGAUGAGAAACCAGAUAUUUCGACCUCCGAUCUAUCCAGCGACAGCAGUGCCCUCAAGUGCCUAGAGAAAUCAGUUGAGAACAGCCUGAACAUAUCUGCUCCUGGAUCUCCAACACAGAAUACCAGCUCAGAUGCUGCAAACGAAGACUGCACGCAAACUGAAGAUUACAGUGUGCCCAGCUUGAACUCCCAUGGAAGAAUCAAGACAGUGAAAUGCAAACAUUGCCAAGCCGUGUUCAAUACCAAGCUUGAAUUCUGGAACCACCAAAGAGAUCAUAUCAAGCCGGAUAGGGUCUUAGAAUGCGAUAAAUGCCCUUUUGUGACAGAAUACAAGCACCACAUGGAGUACCACCUGAGGAACCAUGGUGGCGAGAAACCUUACAAGUGCAAAAAAUGUGAUUAUAGAUGCGUGAAUAAAUCGAUGCUGAAUUCUCACAUGAGGUCUCAUUCCAAUAUAUACCAGUAUAGGUGUUCAAAUUGUCACUACUCCUCCAAGUACUGCCAUUCGCUCAAGAUUCACCUUAGGAAAUACCGUCACCAGCCAGCGAUGGUUCUGAACCCAGAUGGCACUCCUAAUCCGUUACCCAUCAUUGAUGUAUACGGCACUAGGAGAGGUCCUAAAGUGAAGAACAACGACGGGAACGUACCGGUACCUUCUCCAAGAAAAUCGAGGAUUGAAAAUACUCAGUCUCAAAUGCCUCAACAGUCUCAAAUGCCCCAACAGUCUCAAAUGCCCCAACAGUCCCAAAUGCCACCUGCUAAUCCUGCAAUGCAAGGGAUGAUGCCUUUUCCAAUGCUACCCCAAGAUCCCGAUCUUCAAUUCAAAUGGAUGUUGCAACAAGCCUUCAUCAUGCAAUCAAUUCAAAACAUGGUAAAUUUGGGUUAUCCAAAUCCUCUGGCUUCACUACCAUCCAGCACGCAACAAGAGCAGGAGAAGAGAGAGGAAAAUUCCGCCCUGGAUUUAUCCAGACCCUCUAACCCAGAUAAUUUCGGAAGCACUAACCUCAAAUUGGAUACUCCUUCUACUUCAGAUGAUGAAGAAGACGAAGAAGAGAACUUGAAACUUCUUUACAACGUUCAGGUGGAACAUAAUGUAGAUGAAUCUCCAAUCGAGCAGCAAAAACCUCCAACACCGCCAACACCUCCAGUAAUCGAACCUUCUACAGCAGCAGCUGCAGGAGAACCAUGGCGAUGCCCUCACUGUAGCAUUACUUUCGAUUGUGUCGCUCUCUUCACUAUACACAUGAGGUUCCAUAACUAUUUGGAUCCGUUUACUUGCAACUCCUGUGGUGAACGAUGUGGAAAUAAAAUCGAUUUCACAGUGCACAUAUUUUCAAGACCACAUUAGAUAUUACUAGUCCUCUACAGAUAGAUUUCUUGUUUGUGGCCUGCUACCAGGCAAAAUUCACCAACUGAAGAUUCUGCAGGAAUUGUCUUAAUUUGAGCGUGGAAAAUAUCAGAAUGAAUUUGUUGGUGAUUGUAAAUAGAAUGUUUUUGUGUAUA